AUGGCUUACUAUGUUUGCUUUGAGGCCCCGACAGAUCCAUAUGAUCGUGAUAGCACAGAAAGACAUCUUGUAUCAUUUGCUACAGCGGAUCUUGUUGUUACCGUUAUCCUGACUUUGCUCUGCCUUUGUUCCUCGGGCCUAUGGGCUGAUGGCGUCCACAAACUUAAAGGUGAAAUCGAGGACCCAUGCCAUGGCUGUAAAGUUACAAACAAACCUAAUUAUGCUGGUUUAAUAAUAUCUGUUUUGUUUGGUUUCCUGAGCUUUUUCUUGUGGGCUGGAAAUACUUGGUUUGUGUACAAAGAAACAAUCUGCCAUAGAGGACCUGGAUUUGCCCGUACAGAAGAAAUGACGUUCAAAUUCAAGGGCAAAGCCAAGGCUAAAGGGGAGUUAUCUGUGGGAUUGUAAUUGUUGCGGUGGGAGAUUUUCAUCUCGUCAGAUGACAGUCCGUGAAAGUAUUUUUUUGUGUUAACGUAGUAUUUCGUCGGUGCACAGCCACAGGCUUUUUGUGGGAUUCCAUAUUUACUUUGCACAGAAACAACAGUGGGAUUUUUUAUCCAACACACAUCUACACAGUUGCUUUUGUGUGGAUUAAGUAGGCCC